AAGGACAGACUGUACAGUAUAUAUACAGUACACAUACCUAUGAAAAUUAAUAAUCAUAUGAUAUCAUCCUAUUAAGUGACGUAAAGAUAUGGUACCCCCUGCCUGUUAAAACUCAUACAUUCACGCGUGUAAGCUAUCACAAAUGUAUAAUUCACGUCAUAGUCAGUUGCCCAGUGCACGUUAAAAUUCAGUAUUUCUGGAAACAUUUGUUAUAACGAUUAAUGUCGAGACUAAAUGAGUACAGGUAUUCAUUCAAUUGAAAACCAUAUUACAUCAUCAAUGGUAAUGACGUCAUAAGGUGGUCUCUCGGGACUCGUGUUGUCCAAGUGUCUGUCAGGUGUUAGUGGCUGUGAGGUGAUUUGAGUGGAGAGUGAAUUAAAGCAGCAAUAGAGUUAUAAGUCAAAGGUGUUUUAUUUGAAGCUCUGUAUAAAAAUUGUGUGUUGAUAAUGUCGAAGACUGUGACGCUGAAGCCUAACCCCAAGCUUCUUAAUGCCAACUUUGAUGGGUAUAAACUGUCCUCUGAAGCUAAUGUGACCCUUUACACCCAACCACUAACUGAAGGAGUUGAGAAACGCAAAAAUAGCUCUAAUUGUUACCUUCGGACAAGACUGGAGGCCCUUCACAAUUACUUCUUUGGAGAUCCUUUUCAUCCAUUGUGUGUGUACUACUUCAGUAACAGAGGCCAUCUUGUCAAGUGUAAUUAUUCUGAGGAUUCAAGAUUGAGUGUUGGAGAAGUGGUGUGGCAAGCAGAUGUAUCAAGAAGCUCUGAAGAAGGGAGUGAAGAGGAUGGAGCUGGCAGUGGACAGUAUCACGCAAGUGUACACUUCCCCUCCCAUGACCUAGCAGUGGUAAACAAUGGCCAGGGUAGUCUGCACAUCUUGGAGACACAAGACAGAACACUCACCCAUAGCUGGCUGGUAAGCUUUGAGAGCAGUACAGAAGAAAGCGUCAUCGUCCAUACAUGCCUGCAGGCUGGGAGCGAUCACAAGCGAUACCUCCAUUGUCUUCUUCUCUCUGUCACAACACCACAAGAUCUCAUGAGCAAUCCUCAGUAUGUCAUUGUCGACGAAAAACUUGAGAAAUCAAAGGUUUCAGCUGUUCACCUUAUACACUGGCUCACCAUUACUUACAAUGGUGCUACUUGGGAAAUAAGCCGUACUAGAACUGUUGCAGGAAAAGGAAUUUUAGAAUACUGUUCCUUAGAUGAAACAGCUUCAGGGUUGAUUGUCCUGUGCCAUAAGAACUACUCUUUUAUAGGUGACUCAUUACAACCAUUAAAAAAACCUGAUCCUCCUACAGAAAAGAAGAAGGAAGAAGCACCAAAGUUUACCUACAUGCAAAAUAAUGAGGAUGUUACUGUGUGGAUGAACAUUGGCUCAACUACCAAGAAGGACUUAAAAGUACAGGUUACUGCACAAGAGCUGAGUGUUCAUGUCCAGGACCACCAUAUUCUUUUUGGACACUUGAGUAAUCCUGUCCAAGCUGAUCUGGUUACUUGGAUACUGAAUGAUGAUAAACUGGAGUUGACCCUGCCCAAGGCAUCAGAGGGAGUAGUAUGGCAAGGUUUAUUUGAUUCUAGUGAUAUGCAUGGAGAAGAAGUACUUGAUCCCCAAAUGGUUGAAGAGGUCAACCAGAGACUUGCUCAUCUGACAUCAGACUUAUGGAACCCAAAUCCAGAUGCUGAGAAACCCCCAUAUAAUCCUGGACAGCUGGAGGCUUGUGAUGAAGCCAGUGAAGAUUUACUUAUGAUACGUCUUGAUGGGUCUACUCAUAAUAUAUCUAAUUUAGGACAGCUUGGCCCAACACAACAUCUGUUUAAUUCCCGGGUUGAUGAAACAAAGGUUCCAGCCUUUUGUCUCCGCCACGAUGUUGACGGCAUCUUGUGGCAGCCAAGUGGAGAGGACACAUUCACUCAUGUAGCCACUUAUAAUGCUUUUGGUUAUGUGAAGGCCUCCAAGACUAUGGCAAAGUUUACUUGUGCAGCUCCAGAUAUCUCCUAUGUUGCAGUAGCAGAUGUUAAAAGCCAUAUUUAUGUAUUCUUCCAACCUGAGGCCUUUGGUGGAGAACUGCGCAACAGAAAAUCAGGGAAGAGGAUGAACACAGUGGCACGGCAGUUGGUGAUCUCCAUGAAGACACAUAGUGAGAUACUGGGUCUUCAUACUUCACCCAAUGUCCUCUUUGUAUUAACAGAUCAAACCAUUUAUGCUUACUGUUUACGCAGCCAAUAAACAUUGUAUGCACCCUG